AUGGCUCGUACCAAGCAGACAGCCCGCAAGUCCACCGGCGGCAAGGCGCCCCGCAAGCAGCUGGCCACCAAAGCUGCCCGCAAGAGCGCCCCGGCCACCGGCGGCGUGAAGAAGCCCCACCGCUACCGGCCCGGCACCGUGGCGCUGCGCGAGAUCAGGCGCUACCAGAAGUCCACCGAGCUGCUGAUCCGCAAGCUGCCUUUCCAGCGGCUGGUGCGCGAGAUCGCGCAGGACUUCAAGACCGACCUGCGCUUCCAGAGCUCGGCCGUCAUGGCGCUGCAGGAGGCGUGCGAGGCCUACCUGGUGGGGCUGUUUGAGGACACCAACCUGUGCGCCAUCCAUGCCAAACGUGUCACCAUCAUGCCCAAGGACAUCCAGCUGGCCCGCCGCAUCCGCGGGGAGAGGGCGCUGGUGUUCUUGGUGACAGCCUUGGUGCCCUUCGACACAGCAUGUUUGUCCAGCUCCCCAAGCCAGCAGCAGACACACGACCUUCUGGGUCUAGCGUUUGUUGUAUUGCGCCAGGAGCAACAUGUGCUUGGAGAUAUCAUUGAUAAUGAUGCCCACAGCCUUGUACAUGAUGCUGGUGUUGGGGUGCACCUGAACAUGGCCCGAACCAAGCAGACAGCCCGCAAGUCCACCGGCGGCAAGGCGCCCCGCAAGCAGCUGGCCACUAAAGCUGCCCGCAAGAGCGCCCCGGCCACCGGCGGCGUGAAGAAGCCCCACCGCUACCGGCCCGGCACCGUGGCGCUGCGCGAGAUCAGGCGCUACCAGAAGUCCACCGAGCUGCUGAUCCGCAAGCUGCCUUUCCAGCGGCUGGUGCGCGAGAUCGCGCAGGACUUCAAGACCGACCUGCGCUUCCAGAGCUCGGCGGUCAUGGCGCUGCAGGAGGCGUGCGAGGCCUACCUGGUGGGGCUGUUUGAGGACACCAACCUGUGCGCCAUCCAUGCCAAGCGCGUCACCAUCAUGCCCAAGGACAUCCAGCUGGCCCGCCGCAUCCGCGGGGAGAGGGCGUAAAUUGUCUUCCCAAGUGACUACUGACUUUGAAACCAAAGGCUCUUCUCAGAGCCAACUAUAUUUUCUGUGAAAGAUGCUGUGAUUGGUGAUAAGAAACGAACUUAACGUGCUCAACUGGCAAGCUUUUGGUGGCUUUCUUUGAAUUCUCCAUUUUUGUGUGCCCCAGGAAAGGCUGGAGUUUAUGAAGACCUAAGCUGUCUCCACGCAGCUUACGCCCUGCUUUUUUUUUUUUUUUUUUUUUUGCGCUGGUAGCCUUUGCUUGUCGCUCUGCCUUAACUACCUUUUCGACUUUCUUGGCUCCCGCAAGCUCUCCUGGCUGCCUCUCCGCGGUUUAGUCGUAAGUUUGGUGUGACCUUCCUCAUCUUUUUCUUACUUGGCGUGCCACGUUUCUGGUCCUUACGGCCUUAGGUUUUCCCCGAGCCUUCCUAGAACUUGAAGGAGACCGAGGUUCCCGUGACUUUGGUCUCCUAAAAUUAGGUUGCCUUUGCUCACCAGAUUUCUUAGGCCCAGCUUGAUGGCUUACUCUUGUUGCUGGCUGUCUCCAGCUCCUACCUUCGACAGGAAAUCCCCCUGCGCCAACAUUUAGGUCUCUGACACUGGGGGACCGGUCUUGGGCCCUCCCUCCCCCACCCGCCCCCCACCCCCGCGUAUUUGGCGGCCUUAUUUACCCGGGUUUUCUUUGCAAGGUUGGAGCCCUGGUGGGGCAGUGGUUAAGCAGUCAGCUGUUAACAGAAAGGUCAGCAGUUCGAAUCCACCAGCGGUUCCAGAGAUGUGGCAGUCGGCUUCCUUAAAGAUGUACAGCCUUGGAAAUCCUAGGAAGAGAUUGUACAUGUCGUGCAGGGUCGCCAGGGUCGCUAUGAGUCGGAAUUGACACAGUUGGGCUUUUUGUUUGUUUUCGUUUUUUGAGGGGGGAGGGGGGAGUUCUUUGCAAGGGCGGAGGCUGCAGAUGUCAAAAACAGGCCUGAGUGUGGAUGAAGAACGCAGGAAUCAUAAGCCCAACUUCUUAGCUGACACCCUCCAGGGAAACUAAACUUUCCCAAAUACCCCCAUUUUAAUCCCUAAAUCAGGUGACAUUAAAAAAAAAAAAAAUUGCCUCGAGUCCAA